AGUAUAAUUGCUCCAUGUCGCUGCGCCGCUUAUCGGCUGAUUCUGCACCGGGCUGGACUGAGCGCAGUUUGUUCAGGGCGAGCGAGCGGAGCUGCAGCGGUGUAGCCGGGUACGGGAAAAGGGGAAGGAAACUCGGCUGAAGGGACGGGGCGCCGGCUCAGAGUGGUGGGGGAUACAGGAUAAGAUCAGGGAGAAGAUGCUGACCGACAUGAUUGUGGAGGAAGAGUUUGAAAUUAAAGAGGAAGAACCCUGGUAUGAUCAGCAGGACCUUGAACGGGACCUGCAUCUGGCUGCUGAACUGGGGAAGACGCUGCUGGACAGGAACCGGGAGCUGGAGGAGGGGAUGCAACAGCUGUACACCACCAACCAGGAGCAGCUGCAGGAGAUUGAGUACCUCUCCAAGCAGGUGGACCUUCUGAGGCAGAUGAACGAGCAGCACGCCAAGCUGUACGAGCAGCUGGACGUCACCGCGCGCGAUCUGGAGAAAGGCAACCAGCACCUGGUCCUGGACAACCGCUUGGCCCAGCAGAAGAUCGAGAGCCUGACGGAGACGAUCGACGGACUGCAGACGCAGGCGGAGCAGCUGCAGACGCAGGUGGAGGAGCUGAGGGGUGCGCCAUCGGGGUGCCUAGACCAGCAGCGGCGAGCCCUGGGCACGCAGAGCGUCUCCUGUCUCGAGGAGCUGUACAGCCUGCACAGGUACUCGUCGUGUGAUCAGGCACAUGUGGAGGGCACCCUGCUGGCCAAGGAUGAGAAUGCGACCUUGAAGCGCUCCAUGCAGACCCUGCAGACCCAGCUGGGGGCGGAGCAGAGACAGCGCGCAGAGGUGGAGCGGGAGGCGGAACUCCUGGCCCAGGAGGUGGGCGAGCUGGAGCGCCGGCUGGCAGAGCUGGAGGGCGGCCAGGCGCGGCUGCGGGAGCUGGAGGCUGAGGUGCAGGAGCUGCGGGAGCUGUGGAGGGCCGACGGCGGCGGCAGAGGAGAGAGGCUGCUGCCCGACUCUGUGUUCUUUGAGCUAGGGGAGGAGCCGAGCCCUGUGGAGGAGGAUGAGCUGAAGGGGGCCUCGCAGGGGGGCCGGCGCGCGCUGACCCGCCAUGCCAGCGAGAGCUUCCUGAAGGGCGGCGCCGGCGAGGAGUUCCGGCUCGGGCACGAGCGCAUGUGCAUCCGCCGCGCAGAGGUGGUGAAGGAGCGUGGCAUCUCCCUGCUUAACGAGGUGGACGCCCAGUACAGCGCCCUCCAGCUGAAGUACGAUGAACUGCUGCGGCACUGCAAGCAGGGCUCGGAGCAGUGGAGUCACAAGGCGGUGCAGACCCCGGCGGGCAGGCCGGGCAGCCAUGGUCGGCCGUCGGGCGAGGAGCCCUCCUCUCAAGCCAGCGUCCCCGAGGCCGAUGGCCGGCAGCCCGAAUACAAGGCCCUCUUUCAGGAGCUCUUCAGCUGUAUCCAGAAGACCAAAGAGGACCUGAGUGAGAACAAGGCCAAGCUGAGUGAAGCACAGUGACGCUCCUGUGCUGUGGGGUGGACGGGGGGGCACCACAAGUGGAUACCUGGAGGUCUGAAGCUCCACAUCGCAGCUGGUUUGUGUUUGUGCCGUAACACCAGCCCUGGAAACAAACAUGUAACCCCCCCACACACUGUCACAGAGGUGCAUCAGCUCUGUGGACAUUCGACUCCUCCCUCAAGUAUUCUGUAUUUUUUUGUGUUUAACUUAUUUAAAACCUGCAUUUUACCUGCAAUGGGACGUCCUUGCCAGACUGGGGCUUGGUCCAGGGAAUGACUAAGCUGUGUUUUCACUCUUUCAGAAUGAGCUACUGCCCGUGUUUGAUAUUGUUAGAGGGCCAGUGUCGUGUUUUUUUUUUUUUUUUCCUGCAAAUGAAACUGUUGAAAAAAAGAAUAUAUAUGAUUAGAAAGAAUGGAGUGAGAGUAGGUUGCAUAAUGUAUGCAAUGACCAAUGUAUUGAUAGUGGCAUGUCUGCUUUAUACCAGUGAGUAUAUGAAUGUCUUGUCAUGAAGCCACUAAAAUAACGAGGAAACGGCAGCGUGUUUAGGUGGCGCUCAGAUGGAACCCUUGAGGGCGUGAUUGUCUAGCAUGGUGUUUCUCACAAGCAUAGUGGUGAGUAUGCAGUGUUAAAAAGGCAUCGUGCCGCAGGAGCGUCCUGUGUGUGGUAAUGCUGUCCGGGAUCCUCCUGGCCAGUGUGUUCUGUCCUUUUGGAGUGUAGAGAUGUGAGGUUGUGAUAUGUUCCAGUUCAGUUCACUGUGUUCCAAGGUUGUUGAUUAAUUUAAUUCCUAUUGCUCAGCAGUAUUCAGCUAACAGGAGUCAAAAUGUAGUUUCUGUGACGUGGAAAGGUAGAUGAUUGCGCGAUUACACCUGCAUGCUGGACCUCCACCUAAACGUUGGAUUGCUUUGGAAUACGUCAUGUUAGUUUUUUUUUUUUGCGAUCUCAGCCCCAUCAUUUUUGAUGUGUGUUUUGAAGCGAAAAUGAUUGUUAAUGUUAACUCAGGAGCCUCUAAAGAUGCAUAAAAUGUGCAAUGUAUCACUCAAACCCUGCACAUUUGCUUCAUUACUAUUUGUUACAGGUUUAGUCUAAAUGGAUUUUUCUUUUUCUAAGGUUAAACAAGUACUACCAGCUUACUGGAUUUAAUUCCAUUCCUUCCAGAUGAGCACAUACUGGUUGAAAUCCAUUCUACACAAUAGUGAUUAAGUUCUCUGAUUACGGGGUUUUUUUAAAUGUAAUUAUCAAAGAUUAGGAGAGAAUUACAGGAAGUAUGAGUUUCUGGUUUGGUGGUGCACUAUUUUUGUAUGUCCAUCGCAAACAUAUUUUAAUAUUUAACAGUGGAUUAUUUUGUAAUUAUUUAGCUAUUUACAUUAGUGUGUUUCACACCCUGCAAUGCGAUGACAGGGAUUGGCCCAUUUUAUUUUUUUUUAGUCUGGGAGGGAGGUGAACGUUUAACAAAUGGAUGUGGCCAAGAACAGAAUACACAAGAGACAAAGGACGUGACUCAGUCCGUGAAGACACCCAGCUCGGCCUCGUUCUGUUUUGCACAAGAGAAACCAUCUCAAUUUCCCAAAACCAUAAGAGCACUCUUCCCAGGGAGGUGAUCCUUGUUUAAUUGUAUCUAGCACGUGUGUAUAGUGUAAAUUACAAAAACAUAAGCUCCAUACAUGGGGGCUGAGCUAGGACCGUGUCGCGUUGUAAUAACAGCACUGACUUUUGCCUUGAGAAAAAACCAAUAAAGUAAUUUGUGACGAUAUGAA